UUAGAUGCUUAUCAAUCAUGAAGAAACAGUUCUUCAGAGUUAAACAGCUCGCCGAUCAAACGUUUUCUAGAGCUGGUAAAACAGAAGUGCUCACGGAUGAUUUACAAGCUGUAGACAAACAUGUUGAGCAAAUUAGGUUGGCUCUUGUUGGAUUGAGCAAAAGACUUGUUACCAAUCCUCCAAAUCAAACGGUAGCACAGGAUGUGAUCAAAGAAAAACGGCUGAAAAAAUGUCCGGAAUAUGUUUUGGGGCGUACUAUGCUAGAAAAUGCGCCCGACGAUGGUCUGAUGGGCUUCACGCUUAUAGAAUGUUGCCGCGUACAAAUGUCUUUAGCGAAUGAAAUGAUUGAGCAUGAAGCAAAAGUCGAGCAUUACGUAACGAAUCCACUGCAACACAUUUUAGAUACAGAUGUGCCAAAUAUAUUAAAGCAUAAAAGAAAUUUAAAUCGGUUAAUUUUGGAUAUGGAUAGCGCCAGGACAAGAUAUCAGCAAGCCACCAAGCAUAGUGCCGGUAUGGCUGCAUCGAAGGUAGACAAUUUAAGAGAAGAAUUAGAAGAAGCUGAAGCAAAAGUUGAGCAAUGCAGAGAUCAGUUUGCUGCUGAAAUGUUUCAACUAAUGUCUAAAGAAACACAUUUAGCACACACCAUUAUUCAAUACGUAAAACUUCAAAGAGCCUAUCAUGAAAGUGCACUGCAUUGUCUGGAAGAAUUUAUUCCAGGCCUGGAAAGUUAUAUAAAUGAUAAUGAAAUGAAACCGGUUUACGGUUAUCCACUUGAAGAGCAUCUUAGGGUGACCAAUAGAAAAAUUGCGUUACCUAUCCAAUUAUGCGUGUCCGCUUUAUUACGAUUAGGUAUGGAAGAAGAAGGACUUUUCAGAAUAGCUGGUGCUGCAUCAAAAUCAAGACGAAUUAAGUUAAGUUUAGACGCUUGUUGCCUUACGUUACCAACUGCUCUGGAAUAUAAAGAUCCGCAUGUAAUUGCUGGCGCGUUAAAAUCUUAUUUAAGAGAACUUCCAGAGCCUCUGUUAACCUACAAAUUGUAUCCAGAAUGGAUGGCAGCUGCAAAGAUAACAAACAAUGAAACAAGGUUAAGAGCUCUCUGGGAAGUCUUGCAUAAAUUGCCACCUGCAAAUUUAGAGAAUUUACGGUUCCUAAUUAAAUUUUUGGCUGUGCUCACCAAAAAUCAGGACAUAAACAAGAUGUCACCGCAAAACAUUGCAAUUGUUAUUGCACCUAAUUUAAUAUGGAGUCCAACGGAGGAUGCAAAUACAAUGGUAAUGAACAUGAGCACAGCUAAUAAUUCUAGUCUUAUAGUGGAUCAGUUGAUUACAUACGCAAAUUGGUUUUUUCCUGGUGAAAUAGAUUUUGAUCGUGAUUUGGAUGUUGGUAUUGUAAACGGUGUAGAAAACCAAAGCACAGGUAUGCGUCGUUGCGUUUCAAACAGUAGUCUCAGCGAUCACGGUGAAAGCCCGCCGCAAGGCAGUCCUAAACCAGCAGCUCGUAGAAAAAAUAAACCAGCACCAACACCACCGAACAGUACCACGCCAGAUAAACACGACAGAAAACCUGACGACAAGCCACCACCCACACCUGAUAAACCACCUAGACCAUUAACAUCUGCGAUUCUUAAUCGUACGAUGCAUAAAGCUCAAAAACAAGAUGUGAUAAGUACAGAGUUACCAGUCAAACAUGAAAAUAGCAUAGAGAAACAAGACGUAAACGUAGAUGUAGAAGCUAAACAACAAAGCUACGAUGUAAACGCAGUUGUAGACACCCCAUCUAUGGGUUGCUCUGAACACACAAAUGAAGUACAAGGUGAAUUACAUAAUGUAGAGGUCGAGGUAGAGAAAAGAAGUCAGGAAAUACAAAAGCCCGAGAGGAAAUUAAACACGAUCAUGACUGUCGAGAAGAUUACUGUGGAAAAUUUAUCGAACAACAAACCAGAGACUGAAAAUUCUGAAGCUUUGGUACACAGGUUAAAACCUGUAAUUACAGAGAAACCACAUCCUUCUACCUUAGAAAGACGAAGACCAAUGGCCGCUCCGAGGACCAUAACCAACGUGAUACAUAGCACAGAAGAAACGGUCGAAUUACGUAGAAAACCGGAGACUAAUAAUUCUACAAAUACAAGCACACUCGACAGAAGCAGUAAACCAGCUAUACCAGAACGACCGGCUAUACUAGUACGACCCUCGAGUCUCAUCAGGCAGCAUCCACGCCACAGUAACGAAAAUUUAGACACCGAAACAGGGCCUUUAACUUUGGAAAGAGCUCAUGUGUAUUCGGUGGACAAACAGCAGGUCAGUAUAAUACAAGUCCGUGGAAAUGGCAAUGUGCUCGGCACAACCGGCGACAACAAUGGCAACAUGGCUUCGAACUUGCAGAGAAGCCCCAGUGUAGGUAGUCGACCGUCGUCAAUGUCCUUGUAUGGCGAACGACCGGAAAAGCCGGCGAAACUAAGUGCGCCGGAACAAACGAAAGCCCACGUACGAACCAGAUCAGAAGGGAACAUUAUCGAUGUUCAAACACAGACUGACACAGUGGUAGUUCAUAAAUCACCGCAACAACCUGUCCCGGCGUCACCGAGGUUUCAUCAGAGACCACCAAGGCCGCAGCCGCCGCCGCCGCCACCGCCCACCAUGCGGCCUAAAUUAGAACAAGAAAGUACUAACCUCUAAGAUCAACUUGUAUUAAAAAUGUGAUUGCUAUAUUCGUAAGUGAACUCUCAAAGAAUCACUAAUUACUUUGAAA